AUGUCAUUUGCACUACAACAAUUCUUCAAGGAUUUCUACAAUAUUCGAGUUUCAAGUUAUACCUGUGGCGCGGGAAUGGUAGUGCUCCUUUACGAUUUUGUCCUUACUUUUCCGGAGGAGAUCAAGUACAUUUGGAGCGGCAAGCAGACAUUCAAUGCAGUGAAACUCAUGUUUCUCUGGAAUCGAUACCUCGUCGUCCCAUGGAUUGUCUUCUCGAAUUUUCAUAUAGCUGCGAUUAGGGGACCGCUAACCGACACGUCAUGCUACACCAUCCCGGAUCCUCUGAUCAAGGUCAUUUACAUCCCACCUCUGGCAGCUGAAACAGGUAUCAUGCUUUUACAGAUAUUUAACCACUUUCAAAGAAGGAAGGAGCAUAAUCUGCUCAGAACACGGCUGAUGUCAACCUUGUUCCGCGAUGGAUACCUCUGGUACAUAACUGUACUCAGUGUCCGAUUGUUAUGCAUCCUAGUGUACGAGUUUGCACCGCUCAGCCUGUGGUUCGUUGGCAACCAACUUGAGUGGCCACUCUCGACGGCGCUCAUCUCCCGUUUCUUCCUUCAGCUCCGUGGUGCAAUUGAUGAGGAGCAAGCCAUGUUCCUGCCAGGACCUGAUACCGCAGGCUCGUUGGGAUUCGUACGUGGCAAACAUCAACACUCCUCACCGGGUGUCGACUCGGUACCAGCUCGCGCAUACCCCACAUUCAACCCAAAUCAGCGAGAGGUGUAUAUCGAUGAGUCUCCAUUACCGCUACAGGAGCUCAGGCGGAUGAGAAUUGGGAAUACGCAGCACCUCGCCAAGGUGUAG